AUGGAUCCACUCGCCAACAUGCUGAGCGGGAUAGUACUUCGCGAAAAUACCUGCUCAGACAACGAGCAGAUUGCCGAAUCGAGGCCUUAUAACCUCCCAGACAAACUUUGCGGCCAACCCACUCCAGAGGUGCUGGCGAUAACUGUCGGCUUUAUACGCGACGGUCGCGGUGAGUUUGCAUGGGAUCUCUUUUCGAGAUUUAUGUAUGUUAUUUGUGGAGAGCCCACAGGAUACCCCGAGAACCUCCCGCCUGUCGACUCGUUUCCGUUGUUGACUGUGUGGCAUCCGUCGCACCUUCCUGGGGGAUCCAAAGUGCACUUCUACAUUGGCUCCAACGAUGUGCAAGCGUCAACAGUUCGUCUCGCCGCUGCUAUGUUCCUCUUCACGAGGGAACACCUGCACCUGGCACUUCCCGAGCCUGAAGGAACUUUGGCGUCCAACACCGAUUCCAUGUUCAAUAAUGGCAUGAACAACCUUAUCAAUGCCAUCCAUGUUACUUACAACGGAGAUCACUUUAUGACUGGCACCAUAUUCUGUUCCGACCGUCUCAAGACCUGGGAAGAGGGUUUACUUUCUCCCCGCCAACAACACCAAUCUCCCAGCGCCUUUCGGUACGAAGGAAACGGGGUCCUGUGCAACGAAGCCUUCCUUAGAUAUGCGACCUAUACGACCGACAUUUACGUUCAAGAGACCGUGCAGUCUGCCUGGUCUUACUUUGUCGAGCGCAUCGCUGGUGAGGGCGCUUCAUAG